UCUAGGCGCCUAGCAAAUGAUCAGUUCAAUACUCGAUAUAUUUCGCGUACUUGUGUAAACUUUAAUUAUCUUUCUAACCGCUAUGCAAAAAAAAAAAAAUCAAAUAUUAUACCGGGUUUGCCCCUUAUCUUCUUUGUGCCAUUUUAUAGUUUACGACUACAAACAGGAUUUAAAAAACAAAACAAAACAAAACAAAACAAAACAAAAAAGUUACACGACGUUCAUUUCUUUUGCGCGUGUUGUGUGCUGUUUCUUCAGAGGGCCGAAAUAAGUUGCCUGCAGGUGGUUUACGGAUGAGCACAAUUUUCAAACUGAUGUUCGACUGUAGAAGAGAUACGUCAGAAGAUCUCAGAGGUCUUUAUUUGUCAGUAUGUUUCCAGGAUCCGAGUCGUCCCGACUUUAAAGGUUGACGCUUGGUACGAAAAAGUAGUUUCUGUAAAACGAGGAAUCUCCAACGAUAUAAACAGCUUUCCACGUGUAUUGCAAGUAACAAAUUGCAGGGCUUACGCAUUUUCCUUUAGACCAAUUGGAUUCGAAAUUAGAUUGACAGCCGAUGCUAAUUAUCUAAGGCUUGUAAGGUUUGAAGUUGUAAAAUAGAAGCUUAGCUUAUCUAUGUUAAUUGCAUAUUUCUUGUCUACAGAGACGAAUUCGAAAUCGUAUCACGUUCCUAAACAAGAACCAACGCUUUGUGUUAUGACGGACACCUUUAAAUCUAAUUUACGACAAGCAAACCGCAGUUGCUGUAACAAGAUGUAACAAGAUUUUAUAUGAGUCAAUGAAGUGCACCUUAACAAGAAUUGGCAUUAUACUGUGAACCAGCGCCAGAAAUUCACGAAAAAAGAAAUAAUGGGAAUUAAAGUGACGAUCUUGAGACUGCGGGAUUAAGACCUCAGGGAAGUCGUUUCUUCCGAAGCGUCCAGUUCAUCUGAAACAAAUCGAGAUCUUUGCACCUGCUGUAUGGCUUGCUGAAUUACAACGCGUCGGCGCCAGAGCCGCGCGCCGGCGAAUCACGCUGAGGUUAUACCACUUUCCAACAAAAACACAACGGAAGAGUAUCGGAUACAUUACAGCCGUAUUAUACCACAUACAGGUGUAGGGGACAGAAAUCAUCAUAACAGUCAAAAUGGAAGACAGAAACAUCGAUUAUUCCCUUUAACGAGCAUCGUUUAUGCAAAAAGCAAUUUUCCAGCCCCGGCAAUCUCUUCAGUCAGUAAGAUUCAGAAGCACAAAAGUCCAUGAAUGUCGUGUAAUUUUCUGGUAAGAUUUGAACGAGUCGUGCAGAACGUAACACUAUAGCUUUUCGCAAUGUUUAUAUGUGUUGGUGGUUUUAAAAUGGUUACCCUCAUGGUUAAUUCGAUAUCUUCACUCGACUAUCAUAAAUGUCCUUCCGUACAACAAUAAAUACGUGUUUGUAUUUAUUUCUCUUUGAGAUCACCUCAGUAUACUCUGAUCCAUCUCCAUGACCGUUCAGGCAUUACAAUGAAAUGAGCUCAAAAUUUGACCACAUUCGUUUCACGUUACCCUCACCCUUUCACUGUCAAAGAAAUAUAUUUUAGAUAGGGACUAAAAAUGCACUUUUCGAUGAAUAAGGUUACAAUAUAAACGUUUUAUUACUUAUUUAAAAGCUUUUAACUCAUUAGCGUCUACUAACUUAUCAAAAACAAAUUUGGAGAUUUUCGUGUACAUACAUAUAAAUGUUUUUGUUUCUUUUUUUCUCGGAGACAGCUUGGAAGUAGCUUAACUUAAUGUUUCGGGACAUAGAUGAAAACACCACUAAAGUAUAUGGAAGCAAUUUGUUUUUGGUGGGGAUUUAUUCAGCAGCAAUGGAUAUCUCGAUGGAACUAGCGUCUCAACGACCAUCAGUUAAGAAAUUGCUUGCAAUUCUGAUGGUAGAUUGCGGGUCGGAAAUCACAACGCUUGUGAAAUGAAAUUUGGCGGCCGGCGAAUCCACGAAGUAUACGGUAGUGAAUAGCUAUUUUAUCAAUAAACUAAAGCGAUGCACCAAUAUUGCGCCGCGUUAACAGCAGGAGAGGCGCCAGUCAAGUCAAAUAGUGGCGGGAAAAAAAUUAAACAAAAUUGAAAUGAGCGUGUGUGUAGUAAAAAGACCGCAGGAAGCCUCUUCAGAGCGUGAAUUUUCUUCAAGUGAUAGUUUAGCUUCUCUUCGUGCUGCAGGAAGACAAUGCAGGGAAUUUUAAUUUCAUCUGAGAGUGGCUUUGCCGAUUGUCGAUCAACAGGAUUAUCUUUUUCGAGAUGUUUUGGAAGUCAUUACGACGUUGGGAAUAAAGAAGAGGAAAAAGCAAUACAGCGUCACUAUUCUUUUGUGUCAUUUAUAAGUGAGCCGGCGGAAAGGAAGUCGGUAAAAAAUGACACAACGCCGUAAUAUCAAACGUAUAUAGAAUAAAAAAGAAAAUAAUUUUCAACAGUUAAGUUUGAGUCCGUUAUAAUUCAUAUGCCAUAUCUUGCUUAUGAGACUUGAUUGUCCCUUAAGAACUUUUUUUGGAGCUAGCUGGCAAAAUCAAAACUUUCGGUCAUUAAAAUUUCAUGUUCAUUAUUUCGCGUGUAAUUAAAACACGAGGUGAGAAAAUAACCUCAGCCAAUGGGAAGCGAACGCUUUGUCCAUUACUUUACUCUUUUUGAAUUAAACGCAAAUACUAUCAUUGUCACAUCGACAAUACGAAAACAUCAAGAAGUUUACUUUCUGCUUCCCCAUCGGGACAGUCAUCUUUAAACGUAGCUCACAACCAAAGGACAACUCGCUCGCCCACACGCAAUUGAUCUCCGCACACCGAGUGAAUGGACACUGGUCCCCGCGGACAGAUUUGACAUGGCUGCAAUCGUAGCGGACGUAGCUCGCGUUGAUAACUUGACCGAACAAUUCGGGCGACAGAGGCUCGAAGAAGGCUUAGCUUACAGAGAUGAAAGUCUCGCAACAAACAAUAACGCAAGGGAUGUUAACGUUAGGCUUGGUUCUCAUCACAGCGCCUGGCUCAUCUGCCAAAGGCCACCCGCAAAAGGCACGCUUGAGAGACUGACGAGCCAAGCGAGCAAGACGCACGGUGUAAGCAGUAAUUUGCUGCAUCUCAAUGGCAGGGAAUCGCCACCGGUUGUCAGCGAGGUACGCAUCGUUAAAUUUGGCAGCAGUAAAAGGCCGAAUUUAAAACGAAACCAGGCUGCAAAACCCUCCAAGGAGGAGAAUGGAUAUGGAGUCGAUGGGGGCAAGUUAAACGCUGGACUCAGGGAAGAUCACGGAGGACUUGAUUUAUCCAGCUCUAGCGAUGAUGAACUACGAGAGCUUACUUCUUGCAAAAUUAAAGCGCUUCAAACGAACUUUGAAGGGAAAGCAGAAAGUGCAGAGGUUCUUUCGACUCGACUGCCACCAGCCUUGGCUAAAGAUCAAAGUGAAAAGGACACUAGAAGAAAAAGAAAUAAAGUUUGCCGAGGAAGUUUAAAGAAAAAAUUCAAAAUUUCGAGACCUUGCCUUGACUUAGAGAAAAUGUUAGCAAGGAGAGUGAAAGAUGCGGAGAACGAUAAAACACUGGAAAGCGUAUUUCAUCCAAUUCAUCAGAUGUAGACCCAAAAAAUUCCGGGAAACAAUAAAGAUCAAUUGCGAUUCAUUGGCGGGCGUUAAGGUUACCGACAGCGGCUCUUUCUUUUUGUAAAAAUGGAAAAAUACUUUUGAAGGAAAACAAGCUAGCGUAGAACGAAGAUCUUUAAAGUGUAGAGCAGAGAAGACAUGUCAGUAUUGUUCAGCUACAACCCAAAAGACACAAGUACUUGUCAGUUUUAUGUACAGUACCUAAUGUGAUGCUUUUCAGCAUUGGCUCUAAAGUGACAAGCUGUUUUGCAGAAAGGGAGUCAAAAGGUACGGGAUUGUACGCUUAGCUAAUACUGUGAUAUAUUUGGUGCUGGAAACCCAUGUCGGAACAAAUCCAUAAAUCGUUCAGAAUGUAAGAUUAAGGUGUCCCCUGAAACAAUGCGAAGAUGUAAAUGUUAUACUGUCAGCUCAAUAACAAAUAUUACACGGGCUCAUUUGAAUUUCAAAUUUACAAUGAAUUUAAUCUCUAGCUGUUUGCCGAAAGAGUAUAAUAUAAGAUAACAUAAAGAAGAUGCGUUGGUUUGCGAACGUUCUGAAGAAGCCAAGAAAACUGAGUUUACUGUUAUACUCAAAAGUACUAUAUGGACCCGGCAAGGAGAGCACUCUCUGUAAAUGUUUUUCGAGUACCAUAUACGGUUUAAUGUCAUCUUGUCUCCAGAAAAUUAAUAAAAUAAAACUAACAGUGAAUCCGUGGA